CCUGACCCCAUUGUAAUCUCCAACUCCCGCCGACCUCAGCACGUGAACUUACCUACAACACCCGCUACCCCGGGCAAUUCUGCCAAUUCUACAAUACCAAACCGCACAACCUCGGACCUCCAGGUCUCUUUUCCGCAACAUCCUUCGAUCGGGGACUCGAAUACCUACUGUCACCACUGCUGCGCGACCGAUCCCGAGCGCAUCGUCGAACGCAUUGUCCAUUUUGGGUUGCAUUCCGAGCUCCGUCAUUGCUGGCAAUUUGGCCAGCAAUCUUCGACGACCCAGCGUCUCCUCCGCACCGACGGAAGCAACCAUUAUUCAACACCCGCCCUCCGAUUGCCAUGUCUGACUAAAGACAACGCCAACUCAAUAUGGCCUUCAACUUCAACUGGUCGCCGCUGACGGCCGAUGCCGGCUUCUACGAACGGGCACGCGACCUCCUCACGACAGCCUUGAACAAGUCGCCCAAGCCCCCGAUCAUUGUCGAUGACAUCUUCGUGACCGAACUCAACCUUGGCUCCGUGCCGCCCGACCUGGAGAUUUUGGAAAUAGGAGAUUUGGCAGAGGACAGGUUCCGCGGCAUUUUCAAAAUGUGCUAUUCUGGCGACGCCUUCUUGACUUUGGCAACACGAGUGCAGGCGAACCCGCUAAACACGUACAUAUCCGCCAAACCCAGCUUCACGUCACCAGAACCCCUGACGGCAUCGUCAUCGCUUACAAUACCGCUUCAGAUCACCCUGUCCGAGAUCAAGCUGUCGGCCUUCAUCAUCCUAGUUUUCUCCAAGCAAAAGGGCCUCACAAUAGUCUUUCGAAAUGACCCUCUCGAGUCUCUCAAGGUCUCUUCGACCUUCGACUCCAUUCAGUUCGUUAGGGAUUACCUUCAAAAAACCAUCGAGAUGAAGUUGCGAGACCUGAUCAUGGAUGAACUUCCAGCAAUCAUCCAUCGUCUCUCGCUUCAACUGUGGUGCCCGGAUCAGGUUCCAAAGGAGGACGAGGAAGCCAAGGAGGAAAGUGAUGCGGCGAUAAACCCGCUGGCAACACCACCACUUGACGCUGUGGAUGCGCAUGGCCAUCGUCUGGAUCCUGCCGAGAUUUCGUCACUAUCUCUUGACGGGGGUCCCGAGACACAAUCGUUGUUCUCACAAAAGAACCUCGAAAAGAUGGAUGCCCUUGCCAGUGCUCACCGUACCUCAUCUCUAUUGACACCGAACAUUCUUGAGGUAGUGUUCAGAGCUUGGGCUGGGCAGUCUGACAAGCCUGAUGCCACAGCUACUCCGGCAUCUACGCCCAACCUCCACCGGACGUCUUCGUACCAGGGAAGUGUACAUACUUAUACUUUCUCUGAUAACAGCAGUCAGGCUAGUGGUCACGCUCUGUCCAGGCCGACCUUGGUGAGUAUGGGAUCCGCCACUACGGGCUUGUCUCUGGGCUCUGGUAGGCAUUCCAAGGCGGGCCGCAAGAAGAAGAUGCGGGUCGUCAACCUGCGUAGCAAGACGGCAGUGAGUGAGCCUGUCAGUGAGAUCGGUAGCACCAGCAGCCAAGCUGGCGAUAGCCACACUGAGGCUUCGACUCGUACACCCAUGUCUGAACCUGUCAUUCCUACAACAAUACGGGAGGUACCAGAAGAUGAUCUGGCUGCAUCCCAGAGCAAGGUGAGGUUCAGGCCUCCCACAGACGCUACUACAUCUGCCAGGGCUUCUGAAUCGUCUGGUCCGCGUGCUGCUGUCCCAAGUGUGCCCGUGACUGCCCAGCCCUCGCGGGCUACCUCUUCCCAGGAACAUGUGUAUACUCGCCAGCCUUCCAUGUUCCCUAGCAGCCCAGCUCCACAAACGUCGGCGCAGGAGAUGCCGCCGUCGUAUUCCAGCAGAGUGUCCGAAAAGGCCGAAUCCACUGCGUCGAUCUACGCAGAUGCCAAAGGCCAGCAGCAGCAGUUUCAGCAACAGCAACAACAACAACAACAACAACAACAACAACAACAACAACAACAACAACAACAACAACAACAACAACAACAACAACAACAACAACAACAACAACAACAGUGGGGACGUGCUGGUCCGCAGCCAGAUAUGUCCUCGGUGAUUCUUGAGCAAGCUUGGAUCACCAAAAUUGCGGGUGAGAUUGCCCGCCGUGUGUACGACGAGAAGAACCGCAAUCCUGCUUUUUGGGAGGACAGCCACCAGCAUGACAUUCCUCCACCGGCUUAUGAACCAAGAUAGAUGAGCCUGGGGACUGUCAUAUUGCGGGCGUGUUACGCUCUUCCAUGUGCCGAUCACAUUUUGCCGUACAGUUUUUUCCGCUCCUCCUUUCUUGGUUUUCUUAGGCAAGCGGGCUCUAACUCUUUCUUUGAUAUGAUUUUCCAACGGCGUUUCGGAGGGGUGCAGUCACGAACCGGAACCCCAUGAUCGUUUACUCUUUGAUUUUCAACGCUUUUCUGACGGCGGUGGCACAUUUGGCUUUUGUUUCCAUGGAUUGAUAUCAUUGGUUUGUGGGUUGGUGAUGGGCCUACAAAAAGAACGAACAUCACAUAGAAAAAGGGGGUUGUUUGGGUUCUUUCUUUUCUGUUUUCUUGGAGAGCAGUACAUAGUGUACUUCUAGAGAAGGGAGAAGAGGAAGAGAUGAUGACAGUAAAGAGCGAAGGGCAGAGGGGGGGGGAAAAAAAGUUUUUUGUUCUUUUUUUAAGAUACACCAUGAGGGAUGGACCGCCACAGCCAGGCGAACGGACAGACAAGCAGACGAAGAAGGGCGGAGGAAGAUGAUGUGACGGUAUGGGAAGGAUAAGUUUACAAUACCCCAGGGUUAUUAUGCGACUCCUCACUCCGUUGUACUACUAUGGAACAUCCAUAUGAACCUGCAUCAUGUCAACGUUGUUCAAAUUUCCAACUACAUGAUAUCUGUGGCGAUAGCAUGUCUUGGUUAUUGGAAAUUUACUGACAUUCUACUUUAUGUUGUAAUUGGGUAUAUAUCUUCUAAAUGCCACGAGUUCAUUACAGGUUUGAUCUUUCUAGUCUAGCAAGACCUUCGCU